AUGCUGUCAAAACACGAGUAUGACAUUCGGGAGCUUCCACCAGAUGAUCGCAUUCGGUUCAGUGUGAAGUACAGGAACGCUCUCUAUGUUGUAAGCAAGGCGGCCAUCUGGGCCUUUCACCUCUACUUUCUCGUGCGUUUGCUCCUGGUCAUCACAGCAUCGGAGCAGACUUGGCAGAUAUGGCUGAUGCUUCUUGUCGAGUACAUUUUCGCCCGUAUGCCUUGGAAUGAUCAGCUCCUCACGGUAGCAGCAGGCAGGUCAUUGCAAAGCCGUCCCCGAGACCGACUGCGACUCCAUGGCAGCGACCAUCUGCCUCGGGUCGACGUCCUGGUUCCCUGCUGCGGAGAGCCGACAGAUGUAGUUCUGGACACGGUCCGCGCAGCCUGCACUAUGGACUAUCCCAUCACUCAUUUCCGAGUGCUUCUGCUGGACGAUGGGGCAUCCCUUGCGCUGCGUGAUGCCGUUGCAGGGCUACGCUCCCAAUGGCCGCACCUGUCUUACCACACGCGCGGACAGCACUCCGGCCGUGUCUUCGCCAAAGCCGGAAAUCUCAACUACGCGCUCUUCUCCUUGCAGAACGAGGUUCAGCCCGAGUUUUGUGCCGUUCUGGAUGCUGACUGCAUGCCCACCCCCGACUUUCUGCGAGCCACGCUGCCUCAUCUGCUGAAGGAUCCCCGGGCUGCUCUGCUCACGACGAGGCAAUACUACUAUAAUCUGCCCGAUGGUGACCCUCUGCAACAGUCUCGUGUGCACUUCUACACCUGCCACAAUUCCGAGCUCGACCGCAUGGGAGCUGCCAUCGAUGCAGGAUCUGGGGCCGUCUUUCGGCGGAAGGCGAUCGUCGAUGUGGGCGGCUAUCCCACCUUUUCCUUCUCGGAAGAUUGGCAGCUCUCGCUGAUGUUGCAGGGCCUGGGGUAUCGCACGAUGCAGGUGCUGGAGCCUUUGCAGUUGGGAUUGGUACCGUCGUCGCUGGAUGGGCAUAUUGCCCAGAGGAACCGAUGGCAGAUUGGUCACUCCCAACAGCCAUCUGUGUUGUUCUCCUCGAACCAGGGCAUUCCCCGGCCUCUGCAAUGGAGCAUUGCUUUCAAUGGCGUGUCCAUCGUCUUGGGGCUGGUUGGGUACAUGGUAGGGUUCGCGGCAGUUCCCGUUCUCUGCGCUUCCGGGCGUCUGAUUCCCGCUGCAUCACCCUUGUUGGUUCGGAUUCAGGUAAUUUUGGCUGUUUUGCACAUCGCCUUGACGUGGCUACAUGGAUUGAUCCAAUCGGCUCACACGGGCUUUCGCAUUGGGCCAUUCGCCCACCUGGAGAACAGCUGGCUUGCAAGUACCCAUAUCUUUGCAAUCAUUCGAUUCCACUGCUUCUCGAGCAAACCAAAGGGCUCCUUUGUCACAGGGAGUAGUGCGAACUCGUGGAACCGCCUCACAGAACUGCCGAUCUACAAGAAGCUCCGCAAGGAUUUGCUGGAUAACGGGCUUGUAUACAGCCUCCUCUUGUAUCUUGCGACUCUAGGCUCAUUUCUGCUGGCAUCCUAUGAAGUCGUCAGCAGCAAUUAUGCCACUGGCGCUACGACUACUCCCAACCGAUUAAUCACGGAAUUGCUCACCACGGUGGCGUGGCCCCCUAUGCUGCAUAUUGGCUAUCUCACUGUCAGCAACCUGUGGAUCCCAGUCGGAUAUCUGCUGCGCCGGCCGGAGUAUCCCGAACGGAGAUCUAUGAUGGCCGUGAACGACCGGGGUAUCUUCUUCCCCCAGGCGGAUGUCCAGAUGAAACUCCUUCAUCAGAGUCGUCCUCCACUGGGGUCCUACAAGCAUUAUAUCCUGGUGCCCUUUGUGUUGAUUGCCAUUCUUGUCGCGGCAACCGUGUUGUGA